AAGGAGUUUCGUGCUGGUUUAAUUAGUUUCCUUUAUUGUCCUGCCGUGGGGAUUAAAAUUUCUUGGGUCAGCCAGGGAGAGAGUCACUUGAUUAUGUUUUAAGCGAGAAGCGAACAGGAGUUUCAUUUCUCAUCUACGACAUUGAGGAGCCGAGAUUGGGGUCGACUCCUUUAGCCAUGUUGGCUGCGACGUGUAACAAAAUCGGGAGCCCGAGUCCUUCUCCUUCCUCUAUUUCGGAUAACUCUUCGUUUGGAAAAGGAUUCCACCCGUGGAAACGAGCGACGGCCAGCAGCUGUAGUUUGGGAUCCAGUUUAUCCUCGUUCAGUCGGAAUGGUGGUGGUUUAAGCGACUCCUUUGGCACGAACACUUCCACGGGAUCCAGUGCCUUUUCCUUAACUUCUGGUACUUCAUCCAACUCCCACUUCGGAAACGACUACUCCGUUUUCCAGGCUUCUGUUUCCAACAAUUCCCAAGAACCCAGCCAUCAGCCCAUGUUUAUUUCCAAGGUGCACACGUCCGUGGACAGUUUGCAGGGCAUUUACCCGAGAAUGAGCGUGGCGCACCCGUACGAGUCGUGGUUCAAGUCCUCGCACCCUGGCAUACCCACUGGGGAUGUGGGCACCACGGGUGCAUCCGCGUGGUGGGACGUGGGAGCCGGUUGGAUUGACGUGCAGAACCCGAACGGAGCCGCGCUCCAGACGUCCCUUCACUCCGGAGGGCUGCAGACUUCUUUACACUCUCCUCUGGGGGGAUACAACUCAGACUACUCGAGUUUAAGUCACUCUGCUUUUAGUACAAGUGCGUCUCCGCAUCUCCUGACCACCGGUCAGCAUCUCAUGGACGGAUUCAAACCCGUGCUCUCCUCUUAUCCGGACUCCAGUCCCUCUCCCCUGGGUGGAGCGGGCGGUUCCAUGUUGACUGGGGGUCCGACGGCCUCGUUGGCGGGCUCUCCGCGGUCUUCGGCGCGGCGCUACUCGGGUAGAGCGACGUGCGACUGUCCGAACUGUCAGGAGGCGGAACGGCUCGGUCCAGCUGGCGCGAGCCUCCGUAGAAAGGGGCUUCACAGCUGUCACAUUCCCGGUUGUGGCAAAGUGUACGGGAAAACGUCGCACCUCAAGGCUCAUUUGAGGUGGCACACUGGAGAAAGGCCGUUUGUGUGUAACUGGUUGUUCUGUGGCAAGAGGUUCACGCGCUCCGACGAGCUCCAGCGGCAUUUGCGCACGCACACAGGAGAGAAGCGCUUCGCUUGUCCCGUGUGUAACAAGCGCUUUAUGCGGAGCGAUCAUCUCAGUAAACAUGUCAAAACGCACAGUGCCGGGGGGUCUUCAGGGUCGGGCUCUGGGGCGAGCGGAGGAAAACGAGGCAGUGAUACCGACAGCGAGCACAGUGUGCCCGGUAGCCCCUCGUGCCACUCACCUGACCUGUUGCAACCUUCCGAGUCUGUCCCGACACCGGGUAUAAACGGCCGGGCAAACUCCCUCGAUUAAUCCCAUUCAAAAUGCACCUACACGAAGACUUGAAUGGACUAGAAAUCUAUUUGUCGGUGCGCAAAAUGUUGUGGUGUUCGUUUGGUAACUCUUAAUAAUAACUUUCAGUAAUAAAUUGUUAACAAACUUUAUAAAGUGGUUAAAAGAUCAAUAGUUAAUGUGCAUUCAUAGGUAUAUACGAAACAGUAUGAAUCAAAGCCUUUAAAACUAUCUGAAUGUACAUUAACUAAUUGUCUAGUAAGCUAUAUAUAUAUAUAUAUAUAUAUAUAUAUAUAUAUAUAUAUAUAUAUAUAUAUAUAUAUUUGUUAAAGUUAUUAUAAAGUGUUGCCUGGUGUUCUUUAAGAAAUAACUGUGUGGCCAUUUCACUUGGAUGUUGUAAAGUGAUUAAAUACACGAUUAAAAGGUAAUUUACAAAUUAAGUAAACCUGUUUUGGUCUGCACAGAUUAAAUGUGACACGAAUUUGGUAAAAUAAGAGAAUAUUUAAAAGGACAUGACUUGAUAUGUGCAUUCUGAUGGGUAUAUGUCGGAUAGGUUUAUUUGUUGUUAUGAAAAAGGGGGAAAAAUAUUUUACCCAUCAGUGAAGUGGCCUGUCAUUGUUAACAUUUUUUUCUUUUUCUCAAAACCAAACUGUGGCACUUUAUUCAUGAACACUACUAAAAUCCGAUUUCGUAAGCAUAAAUUGCCGUAGUGUUGAAUAGACAUUAUUUUUUUUAUUUUAUUUUUUUUAUUUUUAUUUUUUGGUCAUUUGCAAAUUAAUUUCUUUAAUAUUCGAAAAAAUAGUCUAUAUAUCGCACAUUGGUCUUUGUCAAAACUACAGACUACAAAUCCUAAAGUUUGUAUGAAAUGUACUUAUUUCCUGUUGCUGCAAAAGAAUGUACAUAUUGAAAAUAAAAUAGAAUAGAUUAGAAGGUUAUUCCACGCUGAUGUAAAAGUUGGGUAAUGUAUUUGUUCAAGACAAAAAUUUUGAAUGGUAUUUUAGUUGCAUAUAUUGACUCUAGUAAAUAUUCAAAACUGUACGGGAGUGUUUUUUGUGAAGAAAAACGUCAUAUUUAUCCAAGAGUUGGACUUGAUUUUUGGAGGUCUGUCAUAGACGCACUUUGAAAUGAUUUGUAAGAUUUUAAAUUCAGAAUUCAGUGUUUAAUCACGUUUUCUAAUUUAUGUAAGCAUGCACAUGUAAGGUGAGCGUUUAUUUCACAUCGUUUAUUUGAAAAAUUGGCUCUCUAAUUUGAGCCACUCAAUAAAGUCAACAUGGAUUCA